AUGACCACUCAAGGGCAAGGGGGCCUCUCAGCACCCUUCGGAUGGUCUUCUGAGAAGAGCAACCCCUCAGAAAUGGCUGUGAAGCGGCGGAGGCAGCGGCAGGAAAGUAGCGAUGACGAAAUAAAGUCUAGCAGCGGCAGCGAGGGGGAGGAGCGGGGGAGCCUGCGGCUGAAGGGUGGCACUCCCCCCUCUCAGACCAAGCGCCUUCGGUUAGAUGAAGGUCUUGUAAAGCGCGUGCGGAAGGUACAGAGGCAGCAGCAGCAACAACAGCAACAACAGCAUCGCUUGGUGCUUGUCGGGGGAGACUCCGGUAGACGGGAGGCGCAGCAGCAGCGCAAAGCCCAACAGGUGCAGCUGCAGCAGCAGCUCUUCGCCAAGUUGAUUGGAUUGAGAGUGUCGAUGAAUUCUGCGCUGCGGCUGGCGAACGCCAUGCCGGCAAUCGAUGUGCAGCAGCACAUCGAGCGGCAGCAAGGGGAAGGCAUGCAGGCAGCAAUCGCUGCAGUCCGCAGCGAAGCAGCCCGCACAUUCGCGUUGCUGCAUCAGCUGCAGCAGCUGCUCCUUCAGCAGUCCUCUCUCGCCGCAGCGUUUUCUGCAGUGGCGACUGCGGAGGCAUCUGCACCUGCUCCGGCGUGGGAAGCAGGAGGCAAUUGGCAGAAGCGCCGAGAGAUUUACUUCGACGGGAACCUUCAAGAUCGCGUUCAAGGGGGAGAAAUGGAUGUGUGGAAGUUCUUAGGAGAUAGUGCAUUCGCACAGAGACUCAUCACGGUCUGUCUUUCUAACGCCGAUGCCUGGCACGCACAAACUUCCUCGGAGGAGUUUUAUGUGGAUUUGCUGAAAUCUUCCGUGGCGUCGGGCACUGCUCAGAUGGAUGCCACCGAGUUGGCAAAAGAGAAGGAGCUUUUGAAGAAGCGCGGCAGAGAAAAGGCUCGCGAAGUGGACCGCCGUGCAUCUAAGGGUCGAAAGAUUCGUUAUAAGACGAUUCCGCAGCUCGAGCACUUCAUGGCUGCGGAGCCUUGGAUUCCCAAUGCGGAUGUACUCCCCGGAGCAGACGAUCCUCUUGUGGUGGAGAGUCUCAUGCGCAACCUCUUUGCUACCAGCUAG